AUGCCCAAACUGCGGCACUACCAAGCGGACAAAGCAGAUCGCAUCUUUUUGCAUAAAUUGAAUAAGAAGCGUGUUGAAGCUAAUUUGCCAAUAAUCAGCGAGACCACUUUCGGGGCAGUUCUGGAUCAGCUGGAAAUUACAUGCUACCAGGCGAUUCAUCAUGACCUGUUGGCACCACUUGAUUCGUCGGCUGCAUGUACGAAUGCCGAAUACGAUGAGAAUGCAUGCUGCGAUAUAUGCCGACAGGUUUUAUUGCGUGUUGUAAUAGUUCAGCAGAUGAACAGAACAUGA